UGCACUGCUCUGCUGCCUAUCAUGAAUGGCGUUUAUUUAAGUCUCCACCCUCCGCCCCGGGGAAUUCUUUUCUGUGUACGUAUCGCGGAAUUUUUUGGGUUCUCGGGCUCCGCCGCGAUCCAUCCCGAUCCUCGCCUUGCCGCUGCUCCCGCCGGUUCUCCCGGAGCUUUCUUUCUGGCCGGCGCAGCAGACAGAGAGAAGGCGAAACAGAAUUGCGGCGGCGGCGGCGUCUGCACACGCAAAGGAAAUAACCAGCACUGUUUAGCAAAGGCAGCUCCUGAGUUCUGAGGCAUGGGUAGUACUUAAGGAUACUGUAUGUGCAGAUCAUGAAGAUAGUGACAGCGCAACUAAAAGGAAAGAGAAACUACAGCUGAACUUACCUAAGUACUCUAAUGUUAAUUCCAUGCUGAUUUUGAUAUCGGCAUGCAGAUGAUGAAAGGACUUACCAAAGUCAUAUUUUUCAUGAUAUUUCAUCUAACGGCAGUCCUAAAUUAGACUGUGAGGCUGAAAGACAAGGUGAUCUCAAAUUUUUGGCAGAUAAAAUGGUUGAACAGACCAAUCAAUCUGAACUUAGUUUUGUGAAGGCUGAGCAUCUGAAUGGAGGUAAAAUUGGGCAGACACGCAUUGAGGAUUACUCGUAUGACAAGGAUGUUGUAGAAAUCAAACUGCCCGACACAGUUCUUUCUUCUGAUUACGGUGUCCAUUUUGUCAAGGAUGUCUGCAUUGAUGAAGGGGUUCUUCCUGAUCAAAAGACUUCAUCAGAAAAACAAGUAGAUCAAAAGGUGUCCAUAAACUUUGAUUCCUCAAAAUAUACAAAUGGUGACCUAACGGAAGAGAUAAGUGCUGGCUCUACAAAAACUGCACAUGAAUUAAAAUCAGAAAUAGUUAUCCUACCUGUCAUGUGUGAUACUGAUGGCAAUACUGGGGAACAGAACUCCUCAUGUAAAAAGCAUGAUCUUGAAGAUAACAAUACUGCAGAUGUAUCUACCAAUUCUAAUGACGAGGAAUUAAAUCCCAAACAAUUACCAUGUCAUGAAGUUGCACAAGAUUGCCAGGAUGUUGGCGGUGUCAUUUGCGACAGCAAUGAAAAUCAGGACCGGCUUUUAACUGGAGAAGCAACCCAUCAGGUUUCAUCGAAUGAUUGUUAUGAAACUGGAAUUGGUAUUGCGUCUGAGACCAGUAACAUCAUUCACAAUGAUUUACCAGUAGAAUCAACCGCUGCUGAUUUCUCGGAGGUGAUACCUGAGGAAGUUGCUGUCAGUGCUGGAUUGGAUAUGGAAGGAUCCAACCAAGUUAAUCACUAUAACCCUUUUAUUGCCUAUGGAUCACUAGACGGGACAUGGGAAUCUAAUUACUCUCUCCCUACUAUUGUGGAUGCCGCUUCUAUAGCACCCAUCUGUCCUGUUGAAAAGACAGAUAGUUUUAGUGAUCUUGUCAACAGAGCACUGGAAGGAUUUGAUCCUAUUGAAAUAGAUGAAGCCAUAAUUGAAGAGAAUAGGUUAGAUUCUGUUGAAGAAAAUUCAAAUACAUUGGAUGUCCAAGCAUCUGAACAAUGUAAUGAUCAGGUAGAGAGUCUCACUAAUAAUGAUGUGAAAACUGAUGUAGCACAUGAAAUGAGCACUGCUAUAUCUCUAUCCACUAGCAAUGGAGAGCAUAGUGAUGUCAAAAGUGAGCAAGGUCAGAAACAUGAGAUUGAUGGUCAAGAUAUAAAUGAUUUCAACCCAAGAGAUGCGGAGCUUGGCACAAAAGUAAGUGAGGACAUAACGGAUAAUAAGAGUUCAACUCCUGUGCAAACAGAAUCCGUGGUUCAGCAAAAUGGACCUGAUAGCGCAAAAGUGACUGCACAAACUGUUAUUCGCAACCCCUUUGAGUCAAGCUUCUCUGGACCUAGCAUUACAUCAGGUCCACUAACGCCCUCUGGUCACAUACCUUAUUCUGGCAACAUUUCUCUUCGAUCAGAAAGUAGCACAACAAGUACUCGGUCCUUUGCAUUUCCAGUGCUACAGAACGAGUGGAACAGCAGCCCCGUGAAGAUGGCAAAGGCCGACCGCAGGCGUCUGAAGGAAGACCGAGGCUGGGGUUACAGAAUCCUCUGCUGUAAAUUCUGAAUGCGCCUGGCCCUGCAUCCUUUUUUGCCUGUUGAGCUGAGCCCUUCGUGUCUGUCACGCUUGAGCCCGUGGAGGUCCAUGUUAAAUUCAUUCAAAUGUUUCUCUUCUCUCCUUUUCUUUUCUGCCCCCCCCAAUGCCCUGCUGUUCUUAUUUAUCUCUAGCAGGUUAAUGGCUUGUCGGAUUCGGUAGUGGCUUGUAAUUUACAAAACACUAUGAUGAGUGAGGAAUUAAGGUAUAGCUUUGGUAUAGGAUUUGUGGAUACUUUUUGAAGUAAUAUUCCAGAUGAACAUC